AUGGAUCUCGUGCACCUGAUUCUCGUCCUGAUCCUCAGCGCUCUGUCCAGCUGCUCCAGUGAUGAAGAGUCUUGCCCAAAAGGAGCCCAGAUAGACCGAGACGGCUUGCGCUGCUACUGGAUGUCAGCGUCUACAUUAACCUGGCAAGAAGCGAGGACCGAUUGUCAGAACGUUAACAGAGGAGAUCUCGCCGUGGUGGACAAACCGAGCGUUCAGAAGUUUAUAGAAAACUCAUUUCUGCUAGAAGCCCCCGGAUUGGUCUGGCUGAGAAAUGGACUCACAAGUCUUUUUGGUGCUGCUAACCCGAAUCAUGAAGACCGAGAGCGAGGGACUUGUUCUCAGAUGUCUCUUGUUUUGGGACAAUGGACAAGUAGCCCAUGUAACCAAAAGAAUCACUUUAUCUGUGGGAAACUGAUAUCAGUGUAUUUGCCAUCGUUGGACAGCUAUGUCAUUGGAGUGCCGGUAAUGUCCGGUGUAUACACACGGACCCAGUUACAUCCGCUGCCUUCACCACCGGACUUAAAACAACAGAGAGCUGAAAUGAUGCUGUUCCCAGGAAUCUGGGUCAGUCAUGGAGGCCAGGUGUUCACUAUCGAGUUGGUAGCUCAGCCCAGUCAGCAGCUUACCAUGGCAAGAGUUCAGAUUUUACGGCCGUACUGCAGCCCGAACCAUCACUUAGUUCCCCCAGGCUGCAGCUCCAUCGUCAAUCCGUUCACCUGCUGCUCGGUGAAGCCUUUGUGCAACACCACCGGUGGCUGUCCAAGUGCACAGUACUGGUGCCAUCUGGUGGAGAGCUGCCUACCAGUCGCCAGCCCUUGCAGCCCUUAUCACUCAUCCGCCGAUGGACACGUCUUCACUCUGCCGCCCCGCUACACUGCAAUGACUCCUUUCUACCACAUGGUGGCAGACAUAGCAUUGGAAAUACCUCCAGCUUCUGAGCCUGUCCACAUCGAGGUCAUGUUUAAAGGGAAAGAGUUCCCCGUGUUUCCCGACGAUAUUCUUGCCGUUCAGCACACUAGAAAAUCCGGAGAGUUCCUACUAUGUACGAGCGACUCUGAUUCCGCCUGGCGCCAGAGCUACAUCUCCGUUCCCGGACCUGAGUGGGGUGGCUGGGUAGAUGUCGCAGUGUCUGCUCUGAUAGAUGAAGGCCACUGGUUGGACAACAUGUCCUGCGACCUGCGUCUGAUCUACGAAGACCUUGGACAUCUCUCUGGUCCUUCCGCAGCUGUGAACAGCACGCCGAGUGAAGCCGGUAUCGACCUGAGCACACCUAGCAGCGUUCCGAUCGACGCUCAGACCCCAGUGUCAGGAAUGCAGAUUCUCUAUCCUGUACCUGGCAAAGAAAAUCGAAUUCAUCUACCAGUAAAUAUCCAAACGUUAAUUAUUAUCGAGAUCCUUUCAGGAAGAAAUGCGACAAGCUCAUGGUCUGCCCCGGUGUCCAGGGCAGGGGUCCCGUUCGGAAAGUCCUGUCCAGCGGAGAUUUCUGAAAUUCAGGUCGUUUGUCAGAGGGAUUCUCCCGAGACAUGGUUCUCGUAUGUGUACGUCAUGCCCACUAGCCAAGCGGAACAAACUCUGAACAUUACAGCGUCGAACCAGCUGAGCUCUCAGACUCUGAGUGUGAAGAUUCAAGCUCAUAUUAUUAUCACAGGACUGAGAAUACAACCGCAGGGGUUUCAUAGAGUUCUAGUGGACAUACCACAGAUGUUCACCACAGCAGUGGCCACUGGUUCGUCUGUGAAGUACACCUGGGUUAUUGAUAAUCUCGUCCAGUUUGCCCACACAGGCGAGGCAUACAGCGUCACGUUCAACAAACCAGCACAGUACACGCUCGAGGUAACAGCGGAGAAUCCCGUUAGCACUCAGUACACAGAGGUCAAACUCACGGCGGAUGUAAUGACCCCGUUAGACGACCUCGCGUUACUGUCCAAGAAGGAGGUUGUUGCGGUAAACACCUCAAACAUCUACACCGUUAGAGUGAAACUGGAUGUCUCGAUCGGUGUCACAAUAAGGUGGGAUUUUGGUGAUGGUUCGCGCUGUGUUAAUCAUACACUCGUCGCUCCGUUAGCAAGGAACGAUGUACCUCUGGACCGGACUGCAACGCAGAUAUACUUGCAGGAUCAUGCGCAUCAUGUCUACACAACACCAGGCGACUAUACGCUGAGGAUACAAGCCCGAAAUAAAUAUGACUUUAUCCAAACGGCUGUGCUACUUAAAGUAAGAUCUCCACUGACCAAACUGUUAGUCUUAUCAAAGCCAUCUCUCCCCAAAGUCAAUCAAACCAUUCUUUUAGAAGCCUCAUCACAGCCGUCUUCAUACGGAAUAGCUUACACAUGGAACUUUGGAGAUGGCUCGUCAGAGAUCGAAGGACCUCAUAAGAUGACCGGGCAUGCUUUUAAGAAAGCCGGUGUGUUCAAUAUUUCUGUUUGUUCCAACAACACUCUGUCAAGGCUGGAUUCCUGGAUGAUUGUGGAAGUUUUCGAAACUAUCUCAGGUCUCCAUCUGAGGUAUAAUGGCCCCAGUGAACUCAGAUCCAUCACGGAAAUCAGCGGAAGCGUGUCUACGGGUACCAAUCUCAGGUGGACCUUUGAUCUCGGUGAUGGGACUGUGGUUAAAGACCUUGAGAAGAACUCGAUCUCGCAUGUCUAUAGGUCUACGGGAAACUACACUGUCCGGGUAACAGUCGGGAAUGCUGUGAGCAGCGCGAGACAGUCUAUCAGUGUAGAAGUUUAUCAUCUUGCUGUUAUGGGAAUCCUGCCACUAGAAUGCUUGGUGAGUGGAAAGGAAGUAAAUCUUCAGGCACUAGUGACCGGGAAUGUUUCUCAGCUGACUUUCCACUGGAGUUUCGGAGACAGUACUGGUAUGUCAGUGAAGAAAGGAACGACAACUGUUGCUCAUACCUUCUCAGGUACUGGGAGAUACCUUAUCGACGUGACCGUCUAUAGCCAAGCAGGAUCUGCUCGCUAUCAGAUAAAUAGAUGUGUUGAGAACUUAAUUACAGAUUUGAACCUGCACUCAACUGUAAACGUUGCAGCAGUGGGUGAAGAGAUAUGUUUUGAUGUGUCAGUGCUUCCGACCGGUGGUGAAAGCUACCGAUUUCUCUGGUAUAACAGCUCUUCCUGUGACUGCCCGAUCAAUGGGACAUCACAUCACUGCUUUGUUUUUUCAAAAGAAGGCAUGCAUAAAGUUACGGUAAUCACGCGAAACCAGGUCAGCGAGAAAUCUGCGACGACGACGAUUAUCGUCCAAAGACCUAUAGCAAAACUGUCUGUACAACACAAUGGUGAUAAGGAUGUGCUUACCGUCAAUCAGUCCUAUUACUUUUGGACUGAACCAAGCCAGAAUAAUGUUGCUAUCGAGUGGGACUUUGGUGAUGGCUCAGUGAAGAGCGAAGGCCAAAAUCCGUCCCAUGCUUUCACUUCAGCUGGUCAGUAUCAUGUCAGUGCUUCAGUUUUUAACGCAAUUAGCAAAGAGAUUGUGGGUGUUGAUGUAGACGUCCAAGAUCCUAUACGUAACGUAAUCAUUCACACCAAUCAGCCGUUUGCAGAAGCAGACCGAGAAGCGGUUUUCACAGUUUCAAGCAACGUCAUGGAUGACGUCGAAUUUUAUUGGACGGUGGACUCCCUGACUCCUUUAAAGCUUGGGACAUCAGAGUACAAAUAUGUGUUUCCCAAAGCAGGGAUCUUUCACGUUAGAGUCGUAGUACAGAAUCUCGUCAGUAAAAUCGAAACCUCAACAGCAGUCGAGGUUCUAGAGAGAAUACAAGAUGUCCAAAUUACAAGCCAGAUUCUUAAAUCUAUGAGCUAUUUCCCCACAAACGAGACCAUCACUUUGAGCGCUACUGUAAACCGCGGAACCAGCUUGGAAUAUCGGUGGUUAGCUCAUCAGGAUGGAUUUAACGAUAUAGUUGGUGUUGGCGAGGAUUUUAAAUUAUUCACAAGUCACCCUGGUGAUGUGUCUGUCAGGCUUAUAGUUGCCAACGUUCUUGGUAAAGUGCAUCGUAAUUGUUCUUUAAGGGCAGUCGAACGUGCUUCUGGUGUAAAUAUCUCAUCAGCGUUAAACGUAAUAGCAAAAGGAAAACCCGUUAAGUUGGCAGUGACUAUGAAAACUGGGACGGAUCUUCGGUAUGUUUGGUUUUUAGACACUGAUCGCUCUCCGAUUAGAACAGAUGUACCUUUUGUCCUCCAUGUUUUUAAUGCCGUCGGUGUUUUUCAGCUGAGAGCGUCAGUGGGGAAUGUUUUGGGUUCAGUCAAUGCUACCAAACAGCUCACAAUUCAGGAGCCCGUUUCAGAGAUCGACUUUGAGGUAAAUGGGCGAUCACAUCCCUAUUUUGUCAAAUCAAACAGUGUCCUGAAGUUCCAUGGAUCUGUCAGAAGUGAUCGAGGAGAUGAUCUACACUGGGAGUGGACGGCCAUUUUAUGUGAAGGAAGUGCAGUUGUUUUAGGUCAAAAUCACACCAUCAGCUACUCCUUUAUGGAUGCAGGAGAUCAUCGAGUAACUCUUAACGUCUCAAAUGAGAUCAGCUGGCAGUCUGUGUCGCAUGUAGUAACAGUACAAGAUGCCAUUAAAGGUCUUAGUCUAAGAGUCAGUGAUGCGAUCGUCUGUGAGAAUGAUCCAGUCACUUUCACACCGACCAUCACUCAGGGAAGCGGUGUUUCAUUCAACAUGGAAUUUCCAGGAGGGAAUGCAUCCCUAAAAGACCAGGAGGAUUUUACCACCUCAUCCCUUCCUGUCGGAAAUCACACCAUCAAAGCAACUGCUCGGAAUCUUGUUAGUGCCUUAUCAGCAAACAUCACCGUGAAGGUGGUAGAACGAGUUAAAGGUCUUCAUUUGGUUGACUGCUGCUCUUCUGUCUUGGAAGCCUCAAAACCAGUCAGUUUCAAAGCAUCAGUAAGAACAGGGUCCAAGGUCACUUACCGAUGGAAUUUCCACUUAGAUGGAUUCAAGACCUUACGACAAACCGGUCCAAAUGUCUUGUAUUCUCCAUUUGGCAAUGGAUCCCUCUCUGUGACAGUAGAAGCUAGGACUGACUUCUGUUCGCAGUCCAUGACGGAGACAGUACAAGUUCAGUGGCCGGUGAAAAACGUGAAGCUCUUCAUCUUAUCUGAUGGACCUUUUGUACAUCACAACAUCACAUUUUUUGCCCUCAUUGAUGGCGGGAGUGACCUUUUGUUCAAGUGGAACUUUGGUGAUGCUAAUGAAGGGAUCCGAGUUACAACAUCCAAUACGGAAGUCUACAAAUAUAACGUGGAAGGAAGAUUUACGGUCCGAGUAACUGUUUUCAAUAACAUCAGCCAAGUCUCGGCACACUUCCCAGUUCUGGUAAAGAAACUGGAAUGCACCCAGCCUCGCGUCACCCUCAUCCAAGAACAGGCGAAAAUUCCUAAAUCAAGGCACAGCUAUUUUGAAGCAAGUGUGGAUCUGAAUGAUUGCGCUUCUUACAAGACAAACUACCUCUGGGAGAUCUUUACAGAUCCAGACUGCAUGGAAAGGAAAGUCUGUUUAAAUAAUUCAGUGGAUGUUACCACACCACUCCUGACUCUCCCAAAGCAUACACUAGAAGUGGGGGACUACUGUCUAAAGUUUACUACUGGGUUUGAAGGAACGCCAUUACAUCAUUACAAGACUACAGGGUUUUCUGUAGUGAACAGUCCAUUGGUUCCCCUGAUCAAAGGUGGCUCUUUCCAAAUUUGGUCAAACAAGAAAGACCUGAUACUGGAUGGAACUGAGUCUUAUGAUCCUGACGCUACAGAUCAAGAGAGUGAUCUGUUGAAGUUUCAAUGGGAUAUUACAAUGGAGCAGAACUUCAGCACAUCUCACUACCCAGCGUCCUUCCUUAAUCAUUAUCCCAUUGAACGCAAUGGCAGCAAGCUUAUUCUGCCCAGGCGUGUCCUAGAGCCGGAGAGCGUGUACCACUUCACACUGACAAUUCAAAAACCUGGUAGAUCACCCAUCUGUACUGUUCAGCAUGUUCAAGUACGUGAAGCAGAAAUGCUGCCUGUGACUGUAAAGUGUGUAUCCUGCAGAUCGGUGUUUUCUCGUUCUGUCACUCACAGCCGUCCUCUUGCAUUGACCGGAAGCUGUUCUCUGUGCAAUGGCACUGUUCAGUAUAAUUGGACUGCAGGAAACACGAAAGGUGCAGUUUUACUUCUGAACGAAGUCACAACUUCAACGGGAUACAGCUCUACAGAUCUUGUCGUCAGACCUAAUACACUAGAACCUGGAUUUGAGUAUAUAUUCAGUCUUAACGUGUCCCAACCAGCUACUGGACUAUGGGGAUUGGCGAGCAUUGCUUUAACCCCUGAGCAACCACCCGAGGCUGGCAACUGCACCCUGUCUCCAGAAGAUUCGGUUCAACUUCUGCAAAAUGUAGUUUCAUUCAACUGCUCAGGCUGGGUGGAUGAAGAUAGUAGCUCUUCUCAGAUGAUAUACGCUCUUCAGGUAGCACAAUGUGAGAGCCCGGGAACACGGUGUCCAUGGAUAACGCUAUACCGAGGCACACAAAACACAUUUGGCACGCUGGUACCCCUGGGCAGUACAAGACCAGGCCACAAUGCUUCCAUUAUUACUGUAAUGGUGACUGUUGAGGACAACAUGGGAGCCAAAGUCACUGCUAUCAGAAAGAAUCUACUAGUCAUGGUGCCAGUGAGUGACCAAGGCACAACGGAAUGGUUGAAGAAAAAGAGUCAGGAGGAACUGUGUGCUUUAUUGAAACAAGGCAACCCUCAGGAUCUUAUACCAUAUGCCACGGCUCUGACCAGCCAGCUCAAUCAGUUAAAGGCGACUAGCAUACAGGAGGUUAAGGACAAAGUCCAAAUACGAGGCAAUGUGACCCAGGCCUUGGCCUCUCUCUCAGUGUCCUCGCUCCAGGAUGCAGCACAGAUCAGCUCAGCUUUGGCUCGUUCCACGGCCAUUACUUCCGAGAUUCAGUGUGGAGACUGUAACUCUCGAGUCGUGGAGGCCGUGAGGAAGAUGAUCGACGUGAUCAGAGCGCAAACUAGACAAGGAGAUGUCACUCCUGUAGAGACUGGAAGCGAUAUUCUGAAUGUUUUAAGUAGCUCAAUGUCUGUUCGGAAUCCAGCAAACGCUUCAGGUUUACUCUCCCGCCACGCUCAACGUCAAGACACCGCAGUAUCGGCGUUUCACCAGGUCGGACAGCUAAUGCGCAGCUUGAUGUGGUCACGGAUGCCUGGCGAGGAAGCUCUCUCCCUCAAAGCUCCACGUAUCAACGCGGUAGGCAAACGCGGUGACCCGACUUCAGACCUCCUGUGUACCGACCCGUCCGGCCCCUGCCAGUUUCACAUCCCCCCGAACCUGAGCGCACAACUCAGGGCUGAAAGACCAGAAGUCGUUCAGAUUCUCCUGGUUGUGGAGAGCGAGGAGAUCCCAUUCGUCUCCAAUGCAGAUCCACCAAUUUCUACUACACUAGCUGCGAUGGAAUUCACCACACCGCAGGGUCUGCCGAUCCCCGUUGCGAACCUGACAGCGGAACGUGCCAUACGUGUGACUCUACAAAACAAGAAGAUGGAGGCUUCGGGAAGGGUUAACGUCACUCUGCCAUCGGAAGGAAGUGUGAACUUCACGGUCAGGGCUGUAGAGACGGCGCCGAAUACCGGGCUCUUUAUCGCCUUUAACUUCAGCUCGAUUCAAGGAAGUGCCAAGUCGAGCUCUGGAAAAGUCAUCAUCGUCGUAUCUGAUGAACGAACCUUUCAACCACCCCGACACUCUCACGUUAAAGAGCUCUCCUUCGCUUUCUCGAGCACAAGUCCUUCAGUGGAGGAAACAGUCUUCCUUACACCAGUCUUGAACGGCUCUGCUAAGGACCUGUACGUGACCCUCAAGAACAGUGCAGGUGUGGAGUUGCGUGUCUCGGUGUGUGUGUUCAGCUCUCUCUGCCAGUUCUUCAGUAUGGAACAGAGGCGCUGGAGCACAGCCGGUCUGAGCGUGCUCAGUACUAGCAGCCCUGGUACUGCUCACUGCCUCACUGAGCACCUCACGCUUUUUGGAGCCAGUCUGUUCGUUCACCCAGAUGCCAUCGUACUUCUCGCACCAUCAGAUGGACCGAGCAGAAACAUUGUGGUGGGGUUAGUGUGUGGGAUUCUACUCCUGAUUCAUCUGCUGGUCGGUCUCAUCACCCACAAGCUAGACCAUCUGGAGAGCCUGCGCUUGAGCUGCAUCCCACUGUGUGGCCAGUCAGGACGCUACCGUUAUCGGGUACUGGUCAAAACUGGCUGGUACAGAGGAGCCGGAACGUCUGCUCACAUAGGUAUUAGUCUGUAUGGUCUUAACAAAAGUGGUUCACGUCACCUGCAACGAGAUGGAGCCUUUCAGAGGAAUGGUCUCGACGACUUUCAGGUAGAAACUGAUGUCAACUUGGGAGAAGUCUGGAAAAUAUGCAUCUGGCAUGACAACACAGGUCUGGACCCCUCAUGGUAUCUCCAGCACGUGACAGUGUGGGACAUGCAGACGGAUAACAUGUUCUUCUUUCUGGUGGAGGACUGGCUGUCUGUGGAGAAUGAAAAGAACUCGGGCUUGGUUCAGAAAGUGGUGCUGGCUACGUGCCCGCCAGAGUUGCGGCAGUUCAGGAGGAUUCUGCAUGCACAGCUGCUAUUCGGACUGCAGGAUCAUCACCUCUGGCUGUCUCUAUGGGAGCGUCCGGCUCACAGCACUUUUAGCCGAGCUCAGAGAGUAACCUGCUGCGCUCUGAAUCUGCACCUCUACCUAGCAGCAGGGGUGAUGUGGUACGGAUCAGUGGCCACAAUAAGCAGCGGAGGUCCAGUUGCUGACCGGAUGCCAAUGACCCCAGAGACCAUACUGGUUGGAAUGACCAUUGCUUUUGUGAUGUUUCCCCUCCAAUCCCUUCUCACCUUCCUGUUCAGAAAGACCAAGAGCAAGGUUGCCAUGGAGCUCUCUCUGCCUCCUUCUCCCGUGUCUGAUAUUGUAGAGAUGGAUGUGUACCUCAGCCACCCAGACAUCUCCUGCACUUCCUUUUUGUCCACGCCUAUAGGCCACGAGUCCUCAACACAUGAAGAGUCUUGUUUUGUGAGACUUUGCUAUUUUUGGUUGGAUCAUGCAUGGAGUAAAACAUUUGGCUGUUAUAGGAAAAUAAUCAACAGCAGGGUGGUUCCUCGCUCUAGCAGAGUGGAAGAGUGGACAUCAAGCGACAGCAUGUUAGGCCUUGCUGAGUUGAUGGGACCCGUACGGCUCUUGAAGAGAAAAAGAGCACUUCUUCAGUUACGACUGAAUUCUCCGACGUCUGAACUUCCAAGCUCUGAAGAUAGCCGUUCUCCUGUUGCAGAAGAGGAGUUGCUGCCUGUUUCUGCAGAUCCUUACCUAUCCAGUGCUGCUUCUUCAGGGCCAAGUACAUCUGAUAGCGGUCGAUAUUCACCCAACGAAACUGUUCUAUCUGACACACUGGAGAGUUCCUCUAGUGAAUGGAUGGAUCCGAGUGCAGAGAAAUCUGAUCGCGACGCUGGUCUUUAUAAAUCCCAUUGUUCCAUGUCAGUGUGUAGUGUGGCCAGUACCUUCCUCCCUAGUCUUCCCCCGGACUCCUUCAGCACCACCUCCACCACGCACAUCGGAGUGUCUCGUGGUGGGCCGGGUCUGAUGCUACCAUCUUGGGUGUUGGCUGUGGCGUAUCUUCUUGUGGCUGUGCUUUUGGGAACAUGUCUGGUCUUGGUGGGCUUAUACGGGAGCACCUUCUCCAACUCGGUGCUCCUCAUGUGGCUCACUUCUGUCCUGUCAGCCUUCUUCACAUCAGUCCUGGUCUUGGAGCCCCUCAUGAUAUGUGUUCGGGCCGUGUAUCUUGCCUCUGUGGUGAAACCAGUAGACCCAGAGGUGGAGGAUCGGUUGGCCCAGGAGACCGUUGUGAUGAGGAUUGGGAAGGACCAAGGGGUUAAAGUACGUCCUCUAUGUGGAUACAGCCUGCUGCACGCUAAAGAAGAGGCACGGAAAGUCAGAAUUCUCCGAAAUCUCAUGAAGAACUGCCUGAUCUACAUGCUGUUCCUGUUGGUGGUUCUCAUGAUGAACUAUCAGGAUAAUGUCCAGGAGACGAAUGGCAGAUUGCUUCACCCUGCAGUUAAACGUUCAAUCAUCUCAGCCUCGCCAAGACAACCUAACCUCACAGCCCUAUCAGGGUGGACAGAAGUGUGGCAGUGGAUGGACCAAAGCUUAACAGCACACCUCCACAAAAAUCCCUCCCUCUCGCUGAUUGGCUUAGCACGACUACAGAGAUCGAAGUCAACAAACUUUUGUGGAGGGAAUACCAAGGAUACAGUGACGCUGAUGAUGUUCGGCGAUCAAAAUUCAGUACAUCUGAGACAAAGACACCAAAGCAACAGUACUACCUCGCUCCUCACCUGGCCGUGGUCCACAGCACAGUCAUGUGUCUCCAGUGAGACAGAUGAGAUGUUGCUCGGAAACAGCAGUUUCUUCACCAGUCACAUCCUGUCAGGCCUGAAACAAGCACAUUGGAUCACAGCAGAGACCCAAGCCGUGUUAGUCGAGUUUACUCAGUACCACAGAGAGACGGGGAUAUUCCUGCCCGUCUCCAUACUGCUGGAGAAAACACAGACACAGCAGAUUCUCUCCACCAUCUCCAUCCAGUCAGUUCAUAUCCCAGGAUCUUUCUCUGGACUAGAUUUAAACAUCGCCAUAACGGCUCUACUGCUGAUCUUCUCCUUGUGUUUUCUGAGUGCUGAGGUUUGGAGGAUGCUCAGAGAACGAGCUCAGUACCUAACCCAGGGUUGGCGUCUCUUCCAGCUCUUGGUAGCUUUACUGUCCUUCUCAGCAGCUUCAGUGCGCUUUUGUUUCUUGUCCACGUCCGCUGCUUGUCUUUCUGUUCAUGUCUCCCAGCCUGACACCUUCACUGGAUUUCACAGCGUUGCUGCUUUGGCCAAGAGUUCCUCGCAGCUCUCGGCUGUGUUGCUGAUGUUGCUGGUUCCACAGAUGGCAGGCUCUCUGCAGUUUGUAAGAAGGUGGGUGGUGUUCGGCAGGGUUCUCCAUCAGGCCUGCGCUGAGAUCUGUGGAGUAGCCCUCCUGUUCGUGCUCCUGCUGCUUCUCUUCUCCCACACAGGCUGCUUGCUUUUCUCAGCUUCCGUGGAAGGCUUCAGGACUACAAGGCAAGCUAUUCAGUCCCUGUUGUGCUUGUUGAGAAAUCGAAUAGUUUUACGGCAACUGUCUGAGGAGCAUCCGGUGCUUGGGCCGCUUUUCUGCCUCACUUUAUUCGGGCUGGGGUUCUGGCUCCUUGGGCGUCUAUGUGGAGCCGUGUUAUUACAGUGGUACAAGACUAUCCGGGCAGAAAUGUAUCGGCCAUCCAUGGAACCACAGGACUAUGAGAUGGUAGAGUUUCUCAUCAAGAGACUUAAGCUAUGGAUGGGGCUCAGCAAGAUAAAGGAGUUCAGGCACAGAGUAAAGUUUGAGGGCAUGGAGUCACCACCUUCCAGAUCAUCCCAGUGCUCCCAGUUCUCCAACAUCUCCUCACCCGUCAGUCCUCCAGGGCCACGUCUGGUAUCCUCUGCCUCCUCUCAGGUCUCAGAGUCUUCCACCCUCUCUGACAGCCAUGAGGUCCAGCAAUACCUUGAUCGCUUGCUGCCCUCCGUGGACAGUCUCCUUGCUGGUUUUGAUCGUGUCAAUCAACUGACCGAUGAUGUGUUGAAUAUUGAGGAGCAGCUUCAGAUAGUCCAAAGCAGACUUGUCCAGAACAGAAAGAAGCAAAGUGAGCCAAAACCACAUGUGCCCCCAACCCCAAAACUUGCAAGACCAAGCCAAACUUCCCUUCCCAUGGGACUGAAGCCUCUUCAGUCUUCCCAUGAUGGUAUCCCUCAAGUCCCCCCUCAUCGACGUGCUACCCACUCCGAGUCAUCUCUCCUGGGGCCUUCUGCCCAUCUCACGAAUUAUCUAUCAGUAUCAGGAAGGCGGAAGUCUCAGACAGCAGGCCCAGAGAUUAGGGGUUUCCCUAGACGAAGAGCCUGGCACUCAGGAUCCUGUCACUCUGCAGAUACCAUUCAAAGUCUCGCUAAGUCUCAAGGCCCUGGAGCCAUUCCUCUAAGACCCCGCAGUGAAGAAGGGGAUUGGACUGAAUCAAGUGAAGACAUGCCAGUUAAAAAAAAAGCCUGGCACUCUGAUCCCUCUGAGACAGAAAAGGACUAAGUCUGUCCUGUGUACUAAAAUUUGGUAGUGUUCAUUGGUAGGGGUAAAAGCUUUUGUAUUCUUUAAAUGAAUGAUGUAUUCCCUGUCUUGGAAUGUGACCAGGAAGUCAAGUAAGGAGCAGCAAAUCAGGGACAUUUAUGUUCCAUCAUUUUACACCAGAAUAAUCAACCAGUUCUUUGGUGUACCUGUCAAUCAUUCCUGUGUACUUUUAUUAACUGUAUUUAUACAGUAUUACAUUUAUACUACAAAUUGAUGCAGUUCAUACAUAAAUCUUAAAGGGCUGUUAAAGAAAGCGUUACCCACUGUAC